UUCACUCUUCUUGACUUGUAGUGAAAGAAAUUGAUCGAAACCUCAGUUUACCAGAUCAAAACGCUUCCUAUUGCUUCGUUUCCUCAUAAUUCGAGCAUUUCUCAGAUUUUCAGCAAAAUGACUCAAGACGUUGAGAUGAAAGAACAGCGGCCUGCUCCUUCAAACUCUGUUACAUCCACUGGUCCCUCGACUAUGCAGCAUUUGAAGGAGAUUGCAUCUCUUAUCGAGACUGGUUCGUAUGCGCGCGAGGUUCGUCGGAUUGUGCGCGCAGUUCGAUUAACCAUUGCAUUAAGGCGGAAGCUGAAGGCUUCCGUGAUUUCUGCAUUCCUGAAUUUUGCCCUUGUACCUGGAUCCGAUGUGCACAGUCGCUUAUCAUCGUAUCUUCCAAAGGAAGAUGAGCAUGAUAUGGAAGUUGAUACCGCCUCAUCUACAAUGCAAGCAACUGUGAAACACUCUUUGCUAGAGCUCGAGAUUUAUUGCUACUUGCUUGUGCUAAUAUUUCUUAUUGAUCAGAAGAGAUACACUGAGGCUAAAGCUUGUUCAUCUGCAAGCAUUGCCCGUCUGAAGAGCUUGAAUAGGCGGACUGUUGAUGUUCUAGCAUCCAGGCUCUAUUUCUACUACUCCCUUAGCUAUGAAGCGACUGGCAAUCUUGCUGAAAUUCGGGGUAACCUUCUUGCAUUACACCGGAUUGCAACAUUGCGACAUGAUGAGUUGGGGCAGGAAACACUUCUCAACCUGCUGCUUCGGAAUUACCUCCACUACAAUUUAUAUGAUCAGGCAGAGAAGCUGAGGUCAAAGGCACCUCGUUUUGAAGCUCACUCAAAUCACCAAUUCUGCCGGUACCUCUUUUACCUUGGAAAGAUUAGGACAAUUCAGUUGGAGUAUACAGAUGCAAGAGAGUCCCUCCUCCAAGCUGCUCGGAAAGCCCCUGUUGCAGCUCUUGGGUUCCGGAUUCAAUGCAAUAAGUGGGCUGUGAUAGUCCGCCUACUGCUAGGAGAGAUCCCUGAGAGGACUGUUUUUAUGCAGAAAGGCAUGGAGAAGGCUUUGAGGCCAUAUUUUGAGCUUACAAAUGCUGUUCGAAUUGGAGAUUUAGAGCUGUUCAGAAACGUUGCUGAGAAGUUUUCGAGCACUUUCAAAUCGGAUGGGACCCACAACUUGAUUGUUAGGCUGCGGCAUAAUGUCAUAAGAACUGGGCUCCGAAACAUCAGUAUCUCAUAUUCCCGCAUCUCAUUGGUUGAUGUAGCCAAGAAGCUGAGAUUGGACUCUGCAAACCCUGUUGCUGAUGCUGAGAGUAUCGUAGCCAAGGCAAUCCGUGAUGGUGCAGUGGAUGCAAUGUUGGAUCAUGCAAAUGGGUGGAUGGUAUCGAAGGAGACUGGGGAUAUUUACUCGACAAAUGAACCUCAAAUUGCAUUCAACUCAAGGAUUGCUUUCUGCCUCAAUAUGCACAAUGAAGCAGUGCGUGCUCUUCGAUUUCCACCAAAUUCUCACAAGGAGAAAGAAAGUGCUGAGAAGAGGAGAGAGAGACAACAGCAGGAGCAAGAGCUUGCCAAACAUAUAGCUGAGGAGGACGACGAUGAUUUCUAAUGAUGUCCACUGGCAUUUGGAUACUCUUUGUGAGCAUCUUCCAGUGCUUUCUCGUUCUACAGGGAUAUUUUGCUUUCCAACGACAAAAACGACUAUCAUCUGUCAUAGCUGUUGAUUUAUUUUCCCAUGGUGCUACUGUUCCUGUUGUAAGUCUGAGCAAUGACUCUUGUGCUCUUUUGAAUUCUAUUUGGACUCCUGCCCCCGUUUAUCAUCCUUCUAAUAAUUUCUUUUGUUUUUGCUGCAUU